UUGCUACUUAAAAUCGCCACAUCAAUUCCAUCGCCGCCACCACCAUCACCAUUAGCUGUUUGUUGUUGGUAGACGGGAAGUGUUUCGUAGAUGUAUUCGUAUUUAAUCGACGUACUCUUAACGGAUUCAAUCGCCUCGUACGACGGGGCGUGUACCGUAGUUCAGCGAGGAGCAAUGAAAAUGGAAAAAAGGUAUUUAAAUAAAGCACGCAAAACGAGAGGAAACUCAAUAACAAGAUAGACGAAUAGUAGCGCUGUGUACAGCAGGCAGGCAGGCAGGCGUACGUGUAGGCGAAUCGUUCGUAAACAUAUUGUAUAUUGUGAUAAAUGUUAUUCAUUGCUGUUGCAAACAUUCAGUGGAGCGAAAAAUUAUGAACCCGUUAGAGACAGAAAAAAAACGGAAGAAGGAAAAAUUCGUCACGAAAGCUGUACGGAGAGGGCAAGAGAGUCGAUCUGCGUAACUGUUAUUUGCAUUUGUUAAACAAAGCGUAAACAAGCGUAUUGCAACCAAAACGGAUUACUACUCCGGUGAGAAAGGAUAGUCAUACUUGAACAUCCAACCCAGGUUUCGUCAGCACGCAAAGGUAGUGUGGCACACGAAAUGAUAGCGAAUAACUGGAGAAUGGUUGACGCAAAAUAGUUGAUUAUACCGACUGAUUGCACUAGGAAUGGUUUGUUUUAAUUUGAGUGCCGUUAAAGAAGGUACGUCCCCAGUGCUGGCAACGUCGACCACCAUGCUCAACCUGGCCGACAAGCAGAAGUACAUCGAGACCUACGACUUCCCGUAUUGUGAUGAGUCGAGCAAGUACGAGAAGGUGACCAAAAUUGGCCAGGGAACAUUCGGCGAGGUGUUCAAGGCAAGGGAGAAAAAAUCUACCAAAAAGUUUGUCGCCCUCAAGAAGGUGCUGAUGGAAAACGAAAAGGAAGGGUUCCCGAUUACGGCACUCCGUGAAAUACGGAUCCUGCAGCUGCUGAAGCACGAGAAUGUGGUGAACCUGAUAGAAAUUUGUCGAACAAAGGCCACCGUACACAACCGCUAUCGCUCUACGUUCUACCUGGUGUUUGACUUCUGCGAACACGAUCUGGCCGGAUUGCUGUCGAACAUAAACGUAAAGUUUAACCUGGGAGAGAUCAAAAAAGUAAUGCAACAGCUGCUGAACGGAUUGUACUACAUUCACAGUAAUAAGAUUCUUCAUCGCGACAUGAAAGCAGCCAACGUACUGAUAACCAAAAACGGUGUCCUCAAACUGGCCGACUUUGGUUUGGCGCGUGCGUUUAGCGUAUCGAAGAAUGGCAUCCCGAAUCGCUACACAAACCGCGUCGUCACACUCUGGUACCGACCGCCGGAGCUUCUGCUCGGUGACCGGAACUACGGUCCACCGGUGGAUAUGUGGGGUGCUGGGUGUAUUAUGGCGGAAAUGUGGACACGGUCCCCGAUCAUGCAGGGUGCCACGGAGCAACAGCAGCUCGUUCUCAUCUCGCAGCUGUGCGGUUCCUUCACCAACGAUGUCUGGCCGGACGUGGAAAACCUGGAGCUGUACCAAAAGAUGGAACUGCCGCCCGGACACAAGCGUAAGGUGCGCGAGCGGCUGCGACCGUACGUCAAGGAUCCGCACGGUAUCGAUCUGCUCGACUAUCUGCUGAUGCUCGAUCCGAAGAAGCGAAUCGAUGCCGAUACCGCCCUCAACCACGACUUCUUCUGGACCGAUCCGAUGCCGUGCGAUCUGAGCAAGAUGUUGUCGCAACACACGCAGAGUAUGUUCGAGUAUCUGACACCGCCUAGACGACCGGGACACAUCCGCCACUAUCAGCCGCAGAUGGUUAACAUGCAGGCCAAACCGCAGGACAAUAGCUACCAGGAUAGAGUAUACUAGGGUGGCUCCGUCUUUUCUUUUAAUUUUAUUUUUUUUUUUGUGGCAACGCUUAUUCCGGGACGUUGUACGCAUAAUCGACUAUAUAAGACUUAGUGGUACGUUAAGGCCACGCGUUUAAUAUUUCUCAAUACAUAAACAGUACAGUACGACAGUA